AUGCCUCAAAGACUUCCUCGAAAUCCGUUUGCUAGUUCUAUCACACCUGCGGUUACUACACCGCAAUCCGACACGCCUACCCCUCGUAGGGCGUCAACCUCGAAGGGUAACAGAUUGACCAAUUUCUUCACAUCUUCACCGAAGAAUAAGGAACAACAAUCGGCCCAGGCCGCCCUUCUUUCUGCUGUUGCCGCGCAACAACAGCGACUUUUGGACAACCCAUCUCCCAGUCCAGCAUCCCUAUCCCUCCCAACGAUUUCUCUCUCAACUGCAAAGGGUGGUGAGGUGAACAUGGAUGACCCCCCAACCACUCUAUUUCAGCCACCUUCUGUCGCAGAAGCUAAACUACAAGCAAAAAGAGAUGCUCAAUUUGGACCAUUGAACCACCCAAGUCAUAAAUAUGUUAGCCAGCAUCAUGGAGUCCUUGAGGAUCCAAUUGAGGAUGAGCCACCAUAUUACUACCUUCUCACAACAUACAUCAGUUACUUGGUCUUGAUUAUAUUUGGACAUGUUCGGGAUUUCUUUGGAAAAAGAUUCAAGCCUGAAUCUUACCGACAUCUCACAGCUGCCGAUGGUUAUGCCGCUCUUAACAGUGACUUUGACAAUUUUUAUGUACGCAGAUUGAAGUUGCGUAUUGAUGAUUGUUUCGCUCGUCCAGUUACUGGCGUCCCGGGUAGAUACAUCACUCUCAUCGAUCGAAAGACUGAUGACUUUAACAAGAACUACCAAUUUACGGGCACAUUCACAGAAACUUUAAAUUUGAGUUCCUACAACUAUCUCGGAUUCGCCCAGUCGGAGGGACCAUGCGCAGACGCAGUGGAAGAGACCAUUAAGAAGUACGGAAUUAGCUCUGCAAGUCCUCGAGCCGAUGCCGGUACUUCCGAGUUGGCAUUGGAGGUUGAAGAUAGAAUUGCCAAAUUUGUUGGUAAGCCUGCAGCAAUGGUAUUCUCAAUGGGUUUCGCUACAAACGCAACUGCUUUCCCUGCCUUGGUCGGAAAGGGCUCGCUCAUCAUUUCCGAUGAACUGAAUCACGCUUCUAUCCGUAUCGGUGCACGUCUUUCAAGAGCUAUGAUCAUGUCGUUCAAGCACAAUGACAUGAAUGAUUUGGAAAGAUUACUCCGGGAAGUCAUUUCUCAAGGUCAACCUAGAACUCACCGACCAUGGAAGAAGAUCUUGGUUGUAGUUGAAGGUCUUUACUCCAUGGAAGGUACAAUGGUCAACUUACCAGGAGUUUUGGCACUUAAGAAGAAGUACAAAUUCAACCUCUUCGUCGAUGAAGCUCAUUCUAUUGGUGCUAUGGGCCCUCGCGGUCGUGGAGUGUGUGAUUACUUCGGAGUUGAUCCUGCUGAGAUUGAUAUCCUUAUGGGUACUCUCACUAAAUCUUUUGGUGCUAACGGAGGCUAUAUCUCUGGAGAAAAGUACAUCAUCGACAAAUUAAGACAAACGAACGCAGCAACCAUAUUUGGAGAAUCACCUACCCCACCAGUCUUGAUGCAAAUUCUCAGCGCUUUGAAGAUUAUCUCUGGAGAAAUUGCCCCAGGUCAAGGUGAAGAGAGAUUACAGCGAAUUGCGUUCAACUCAAGAUAUCUCCGAUUAGGAUUGAAACGUCUCGGUUUCAUCGUGUAUGGUCAUGACGAUUCUCCAAUUAUUCCAAUUGUUUUGUACAAUCCUGCUAAAAUGCCAGCUUUCUCUCAUGAAAUGCUUCGAAGAAAGAUUUCCGUUGUUAUUGUCGGUUAUCCUGCCACGCCACUCAUUUCCUCACGUGCCCGUUUCUGCGUUUCCGCAGCUCAUAACAAGGAUGAUAUGGAUCGUAUCUUGGCUGCUUGCGACGAAGUUGGAGAUGUUCUUCAACUCAAAUUCUCGACUGGUGUAGCAGGUGGAGCAGAGCAUUUACCUGAUGGUGUUACACCUGAAAUGGAAAAGGAAUGGCAAAAGGCAAAUGGUCUUCAAGGAGUUGUCAAACCUCCACGUUGGUCCUUAAGAGAAGUCAUCGCAAAUGGCGUUGCGGAUGUCAAGGAACCUCUACGAUGA